CCAUGCACUGAGUGUGGAGCAAAUGGUUUGUGUGGCCUUGCGCUUUUUUUUUGCUAGUGGAGCCUUCCUGUACUCAGUGGGGGAUGCUGAACAAGGCCACAAUUUGCCGCACAAUAAGGAGUGUGUGUCUGGCUAUCAAAGCAUUAGCAGAUGUCUUCAUCUCCUUCCCUGGCCACAGAAGACUCUGUGACAUCAAAGAGGAGUUCUAUAGGAUUGCAGAUGGUCUGCAAUGCUGACUGUGUGAUCAGCAAUGUUGUGGCAAAAUGGCCUGGCUCAGUCCAUGACUCCAGAAUCUUUCGGGCCUCUGAAAUCUAUCAGUGCCUAUCACAAGGUGAAUUCUCUGGUGUGUUGCUGGGAGACAGGGGGUAUGGCUGCCAGCCUUUUCUCCUGACACCUUUCACAGACCCCCAGGAAGCACAGCAGGCCUACAACCAUGCCCAUGCCAGGACCAGGGCCAGAGUUGAAAUGACCUUUGGCCUCCUGAAGGCACGCUUCACUGCCUUCACAAAUUAAGGGUCAGCCCUGUUAGGGCAUGUGAUAUUACUGUGGCUUGUGCUGUCCUCCACAAUGUGGCCUGCCUGAGGAAGGAGAGGGCCCCCAGAGUGCCACCAGCCAUGGACUGGGACAAUCCGGCAAUCUUCCCUGAUGACGACAGUGGUCGGCUGCUGAGGGACCAAUAUGUGUUGAAUUAUUUUAGUAUGUGUGCUUUCAAUUUUGGUUAAAUAUGUCCUGCGGUGGCAGAGGAAUUUGGGGUUUUUUGGGUUCGUUUUUUUGACGAAUUUGGCCUCUUAUGAUGUUUGUGCGGUAUACUGUGUGUAAUACAAGGCUGCAGGGAGGCUACUGCAUCCAUUCAUUUGUCUGUUCAGUUGAUGUGUAUGGAUUUGUCCUGCAUUUAUUUUAGUGUGCAGACAUGCAGGGUGUGUUAUAUACAGACCUUUGAAUGUGUAUGUAUCAUUUUGUAUAAUAUGCUUGGAUUCUGUGCUUUCCAUCUUGUAGAGUCACUGUGACUUCAGUUUCGAAAGGAGCUGAUGGUUUACCUGCUUUGUUUUGUCCUUAUUCAAUAAAGGAACAUAAUGUUA